GUCGGCACAGCUUCUUGGUCUUGGUCUAUCCGGCAAGCAGAGGCCGGCGCAGCUGCCCAACGCGGUACAUAGAGUUUGCUGGAGUGAUUCGUUUUUAGUUGGUGGCCGACUUGCGUAUGCGGAGGUGGUGUUUGCGCGCGUAUAUUAUAUGAUCUACACGUAACAUCAGUUUGUGUAUUCAAGAGAAUUUUAAAUAGCAAGAAUUUACAGAGAUUUCAACAUAUCUGCAGUGGUUUUGUCUUUGUGUCGGCAAUGACCAACGUCCAUAGAACGUGGUCAUUGGUAUUAUUAGUAUCAAUAGCAAUAUGGCAAAUCACCGACACUGCAGCCAAAUAUCAUCAUAUUAAAUUUCGACAUGGUAAACAUAGAAGACGACACACGGAAGGAUAUCUUCCAAGCAGUUUUGUGACAGACAACAAUGAUCCUGAAGAAGGACUUUGGGGAGCAUGGUCAACACCAAGUUCAUGCUCUCGAUCCUGUGGUGGUGGUAUUGCUUAUCAGACCAGGCAUUGCUUGGAUGUUGAUAGCAAUGGUUAUGACAGGUGUACAGGAGCAAAAAAAAGAUUUUUUUCGUGUAAUAUCCAACCAUGCCCCAAUCCAGUGGACUUUCGAGCUGAACAAUGUGCUGAGUUCAAUUCUAAACCUUUCGAAGGUGUAUUUUAUGAAUGGAUCCCCUACACCGGUGCACCUAACAAGUGUGAAUUAAACUGUAUGCCUCGAGGCGAAAGGUUUUUUUACAGACAUAAACGCAGUGUAAUCGACGGUACGCCGUGUGAUGUCGAAAAAAAUGAUGUUUGUGUGGAAGGAAAAUGCAUGACAGUGGGAUGCGACAUGAUGUUAGGCAGCGAUGCACGAGAAGAUGCUUGUAGAGAAUGCGGUGGUGAUGGUUCCGAUUGCAAUACUGUCAACGGCUCCUUCGAGACCAAUGACCUUCAAGCCGGAUAUAUUGACAUACUUCUUAUCCCUGAAGGGGCAACAAAUAUAGUUAUUAAAGAAGUCGCACCAUCCAAUAACUAUCUUGCAAUUCGUAAUACAACGGGUCAUUAUUAUCUAAAUGGCAACUGGAGAAUAGACUUUCCCCGAAGCAUAAAAUUUGCUAACACGAUAUUUCAUUAUUCAAGAGAUCCACAAGGUUUCUCCGCACCAGACAUGAUUACAGCUUUAGGACCAACUAAUGAAGCAAUUUACGUAGUGCUACUUUACCAAGAUCGAAAUGUUGGGGUUCAAUAUGAAUAUAGUAUUCCUAAAAAAUUGGCACCUCAAGCUGAUCCAGAUAGUUAUACUUGGACUGCUGAUGAAUUUUCUGAAUGCAGUGUAUCAUGUGGUGGAGGUUAUCAAUCUCGACAAGUAAUGUGUAUCCGACGUCGUGAUAAUGAACAAGUUGACGACCAUCUAUGCGAUCUACAGUUGGAGCCAGAUGAUACUCAAUCUUGCAAUGAAGAAGCGUGUCCACCUCAAUGGGUUGAAAGCGAAUGGACCCCGUGCAACAAACUUUGUGGUGAGGGCGGUGAACGUACGAGAGAAAUCAAGUGUGAACAAAUCAUCGCUGGUGGUAUACCCACCGUUGUCGAUGACUCUGUGUGUAUCGAGAAAGUCGGUGUUAAAAAUGAGACCACCCAGAAAUGUAAUGAAAAUGUUGAAUGUCCUAUGUGGCAUAUCGGACCUUGGAAACCAUGUGAUCAUCUUUGUGGAAAGGGUAAACAAACAAGAAAAAUAACAUGCUACAGAAAGAAUGAAUCGGGUAAAAUAGAAGUUUUACCCAAUUCCUCAUGUGAAGGUGAAAUGCCAGAAAGUGAAAAGCCCUGUGAGUUGAGGCCAUGUGCAGGACUUGAUUGGGUCGUAUCUGAAUGGAGUGGAUGUAAUGAUAAAUGUGGACUAGUUCAAGAAACAAGAACAGCUCAUUGUACAACUCAGGAUGGUACAGUUUAUCCAGAUGAUAAAUGUGAUCCCGACAAAAAGCCUGAAUUAACACGAGAAUGUGAAAGUGCUAAGGACUGUGAAUACCAAUGGUAUACGACUCAAUGGAGUGAGUGUUCAGCAAAAUGUGGAAAAGGUGUACAAACCCGUAUAGUUUUUUGCGCUACCUUCGAAGAUGAAACGACUCUGAAAAAAGUGUCAGAUGACAAUUGCGAUGCUGCAAAACGUUACAAUGAUACAAAAGAAUGUACUGCCGACAUAGUUGAGUGUAAAGGUGAAUGGUUCGCUGGACCGUGGAGCAAGUGUUCGAAACCGUGUGGAGGCGGCGAUAUGACUCGAAAGGUAAUAUGUAUGAAGAACAACAUGAGUGUUUCAGUAAGUGAAUGCGAUGAAGAUUCUAUCAUGUUUUCGACUGAAGAGUGCAAUAAACAUCCUUGUAGUGAAGACGAAAUUCUACCGGUAGAGCCCAUGAUGAGUACCAUUCCACCUGAUGAAGACGAUGAGUGUGAAGUAUAUGAAGAUGAAGAUUAUGUUACAAUGACUUCAAUAUUAACAAGUGAUGAAGAUGAACAAACUGGCUCAACAGAAUCGUCUAGUGAUAUUAAAUCAUCUAUGGACACCGAUUCUACAGUUUCUGAUGACAUUAUGCUGAGUGAUUCUCCACGUGGAGAUACAGCACCUACAGAUAUUGGAAGUGGUUAUGGAAGUGGAGAAGGUAGCGACGACGAUAUCCUUAGUACUCUUUUUACUAAUAUUCCGGUAUCAGGCAGUGAUUUAUCUACCUUCGAAGGCAGUGGAGCAUCUGUCGAUGAUAAGCUUACAACUAUAGAUAUAAGUAGUAUUGAAACCGUGAGUGCUUCAUCAGAAACUUCUUUAGGUAUUACUGAUACCACAGAAAAAUCGACAACGGUAGAAUCAUCAAGUUACAGUGGUAUUACUGAUGUUACAUUCGAUGAAACUUCUUCUGUCACACAGCAAUCAUCCUCUGAUGAAACAUCAUCAAUAUUUUCAACCUUGUUCUCAUCAUCUACUUUGUCAUCAUUAUUUUCCUCAUCAUCAGAUACGAGUACUGAAAUGGAAUCAUCAGAAUCUUCUAGUUCUUCACCUUUAUCCACUGAUAGUAUAAUGACUGAUAGCUCCACUGUUUCAUCUGCAUCAGAAAUAACUGACGCAACAGAGUCAACAUCUGACUCAUCUUCAGAUGUGACAUCAACCGAUGAAACUCAAUCAUCAACUGUGUCAUCCUCAGAUACAACACUAUCAGCAUCUCAAUCAUCUACAGUAUCAUCUUCUGAUGAAACAGAGUCAACGUCUGAAUCCUCUACAGUGUCAUCCUCUGAUGUAACAUCAACUGAUAUGACGGAAUCAACAAUGUCAACAUCUUCUGAUGAAACAGAAUCAACAUCUGAAUUUUCAACAAUGUCAACAUCUUCCGAUAUAACAGAAUCAACACCUGAAUCGUCUACAAUGCUUUCUUCAACUUCAGAUACAUCAUCAACUGAUGCAUCACAAUCAACAUCUGAAUCAUCUUCAGAUGAAACAUUAAGUACAGAUGCAACAACAGAAACGAGUGAUUCUACUACUGAUUUUAGUUCUUCUGAAAUUUCGACUACAUCAGAUCGAUCAACAGCAGGGACUACUACAAAAUUGCCUUUCAGUAUUUUACCCAUAGAUGGAGAAAGUGAAAUUGAAAAACCUCAUGAAGGAACAACAAAAUUGUCAACGAGUGAUGUAACUUCUGAGUCGACAUCACCGGACAUGAGCACUACUGAAUCUUCAGGUUCUACCGAGUCAUCUAUGAUGACAACAUCAUUUGAAGAUUCCACAACAUCUAGCAGUACCGAUACAUCUUUAAGUACAUCAGAGGAAACAACUUUAACAGGAAUUACAGAGUCAUCUUCAUCCAGUACAAUGGAAUCUGAAAAAAUGACAGAGUCCGGUGAAACGACGGAAACAACAGAAUCAAUGGAAACAUCUACUCCGUUUGGAUCUAGUACAAUGACAAGUGAAUCCGAAAGUUCGUCUGUAUCAGAAGAGACAAGUCAAUCAAGUGUAAGCACAGAAGUUAGUAUGUCUACUGAAUCUGUGACAGAUGCAUCGAGUACUUCUACUGAAACUUCAGUAUCUGGCGUUACUGAGAUGACUGAUGAAGAAGAUACAGAUUUGACCAGCAAAUCAAGUGUAUUGGAUCUAUUUACUACAGCUAAUCCUCUCAGCACAGCAAUUGCCAAAGAGCAUAAGCUUCGAAAAUGCAAAAUUAAGAGGAAAAAGAAGACUUGUAAAACUUCUAAAUUUGGUUGUUGUUACGAUGGUGUUAGUGAGGCUCAAGGGCCAUUCGGUAAAGGUUGUCCUACACCUGAAACCUGUGCCGAAACUAAAUUCGGAUGCUGUCCAGAUGGUGUUUCUGUUGCAACUGGACCUAAUAAUGACGAUUGUCCAUCAUCACAUUGUAAUGAGACUCUUUUCGGUUGUUGUCAAAACGGAAUAACUCCUGCUGAAGGCAAUGAUUUCGAAGGAUGCAAAAAACCUUGUAAUGAAACUGAAUUUGGUUGUUGUCCUGACAAAGAAACACCUGCUAGUGGUAAAAAUAAUUAUGGCUGCUGCAAUACUACCAAACAUGGUUGUUGUCCAGAUGGUAUAGAAGCUGCAAGUGGUCCUAACCAAGAAGGCUGUAAAAAGAAAUUAGAAGAAGAUAAUAAGACUGAUUGUUCAAACUCUACUUAUGGUUGUUGUCCUGACGGUCAAAAACCAGCUACUGGAAUCAAUUUCGAGGGAUGCGGAGUUAUUAACACCGAUAAUUGUUCAGCUUCUUACUUUGGAUGUUGUUCUGAUAAUGUAACAGCAGCAUUAGGACCAAAUGGAGAAGGUUGCCAUGCUCCAUGUGAAUCAUCAGAAUUCGGAUGUUGCCAAGAUCGAGUAACUCCUGCUCAUGGUCCUAAUGGUGAAGGUUGUUGUUUAACUUCACCAUAUAAAUGUUGCCCUGAUAAUAUUCUUCCCGCACGUGGUCCAGAUCUUUACGGUUGUGGCUGUCAAUACACUCGUUUCCGGUGUUGCCCAGAUAACACCACAGCUGCACGUGGGCCUAAUAAUGAAGGAUGUGGGUGUGAAUAUACCACACAUGGAUGCUGUCCAAAUAAAUUUACCCCCGCAACUGGACCCAAUUACGAAGGAUGUCCGUGUUAUACCUAUCAAUUUGGUUGUUGUCCAGAUGGAAUAAGUAUUGCUAAAGGGCCUCGUGGUCAUGGAUGUAAUUGUGAAACCACAGAAUUUAAAUGUUGCUCAGAUGGAAGAACACCAGCAAAAGGACCGAACUUUGCCGGAUGUGCAUGUGAUGCUUCUAAAUAUGGCUGUUGUCCAGAUGGUAUUGAAGAAGCACAAGGUGACCACUUUGAAGGAUGCCGAACUGUGCCAACUCCGCCAGGCAGUGCUUGUUCACUUGCUAAAGAUCGUGGAUCAUGUCGUGACUUUAGUGUUAAAUGGUUCUUUGAUACUGAGUAUGGUGGAUGUUCAAGAUUUUGGUAUGGUGGUUGCGAAGGCAAUAACAAUCGCUUUAAUACUCAAGAAGAGUGUAGACAAGUUUGUGUCGAACCGAAAGGACGAGAUGCUUGUUACCUUCCAAAAAGCACUGGCCCAUGUGAAGGAUAUCAUCCAAUGUGGUAUUACGAUACUGAAAGAGAGCAAUGUGGCCAAUUUAUUUACGGUGGCUGUCUCGGUAAUGAUAAUAAAUUCGAGACCCGAGAAAAAUGUGAAGACCUCUGUGUUAUUCCUGAUGACAUUGAUCCUUGUGAGUUAGAGAAAGAAAAAGGUCCAUGCAAUGGUAAUUAUACUCGUUGGUACUUCAACAAAGAAUCUCAGAUAUGUGAACAAUUCCAAUAUGGAGGUUGCAAAUCCAAUACAAAUAACUUCCCGACUGAAGCUGCUUGUCAUCAACAAUGCCUUCAACCGGGCCGCCGACGUGAUUAUUGUUUACUGCCACGAACCGAGGGUAAUUGCACAGAAAAAUAUCCUAAAUGGUACUUUGAUCCAUCGGAAAAUCGAUGCAUGCCAUUUUAUUACACGGGAUGCAAUGGAAAUAAAAAUAAUUUUGAUACUAGAGAAGCAUGUGAACUUGAUUGCCCACCCAAGAUUGAGCAAGACAUCUGUCUUCUUCCUGCUGUGCUUGGAAAAUGUCACAAUUACACUCAACGAUGGUACUAUGAUUCCUUCGAAAAACGUUGUCGACAAUUUUAUUAUGGGGGAUGUGAAGGAAAUGAAAACAAUUUUCUCAGCGAACAGGAAUGUUCUAACCGCUGUGAAACCUCAGGCACUCCACCGCCAACUCAACCUCAAAGAUUUUCGCCAGCAAUGUGUUUCCUUCCAUAUGAGCAUGGACCAUGUACUAAUGAGCAAACCAAGUGGUUUUAUGACAGCCGAGACGGUACAUGUAAGCAAUUUAAUUAUGGAGGUUGUGCAACUAAUGGGAAUAAAUUUGAAUCUCUUGAAGAAUGUGAAUAUCGCUGUGGCAAUAUACAAGAUGUAUGCAGUAUGCCGAAAGUGAUAGGACCUUGCAGCGGAUCAUUAAUGCAGUUUUACUAUAAUCGUGAUACUGACACUUGUGAAGAAUUUGAAUAUAGCGAAUGUGGAGGCAAUAAAAAUCGAUUCCAAGACCGUGAAACUUGCGAAUCUAGAUGUAAACGAAGACCAGCAGUUGUUAGACCUGAACCUCCUACAUCAGCACCAACACCAUCUUCUGAAAUUGUACCUAGUAGUCCUAUAUGUACAGCUCCAGUUGACGCCGGAUCAUGUGAUCUAGAUAUUACUGCUUAUUAUUAUGAUUCGAGAACUGGUGUUUGCCAAGCUUUCUUAUAUGGCGGAUGUGAAGGAAAUGCUAACAGAUUCCAAAGUGAAGAACAGUGUGAACGACUUUGUGGUCGCUUCCAAGGUCAAGAAGUGUGCAAUCUUCCAAUGGAUAGUGGGCCAUGUAGAGGCUCGUUUGCUAAAUAUUACUAUGAUUCAAAUGCAAGAAUUUGUCGACCAUUCUACUAUGGUGGAUGUGACGGAAAUGCUAAUAGAUUCAGUUCAGUUGCUGAAUGUGAAUCAGUUUGCUUACAUCGUGAAGAACCCACUCCCCUCGGCAACAACACGGGACUUUCUCAACUCGCGAUUUGUCAUGAACCAGUGGAUGUUGGGUCUUGUCUAGCUGGUAGUUUUAAAAGAUUUUAUUUUGAUGAAGAACGUCAAACUUGCAUGGGUUUUGUAUAUACUGGUUGUGGUGGGAAUCGUAACAGAUUUAAGACAUUUGAGUCUUGUAUGAAUACCUGCUUUAGAUCCGCUAAUAAUGAGCUAAGUCCAGAUAGAAAUGAAACAAAGGAUCCAUGUAGCGAUCAGGAAGACCAAUGUAAUGUUAUUCAAUGUCCUUAUGGUAAAGAGGCAUUUGUGGAUGAACAGAACUGCGAGCGUUGUCGAUGUGUUAAUCCUUGUAGAAGCGUCCAGUGUUCUGAAGGUUCUCAAUGUUCAAUAACUUUAGUAGCUUCACCUAGUGGAGGAACAGAAUACAGAGCAGUAUGCCGUACAACAACAAAACCGGGACAAUGUCCUCAGGUAUCGAAUAGUACUCGAUGUGAAAGAGAAUGCUCAAGCGAUGCAGACUGUCCACAAGAUUGGAAAUGUUGUGAUAAUGGUUGUGGUACAUCAUGCUUAGAGCCAGCACUUGAACAACCACCUCCAGUACCCGUUCACAAUAUUACUGCACCACCGCAUGGUGCUGAACCAGCUGCAAUUCAACAACCAGAACAACCUCAUGUUAGUGGCGAAGAAGGCGGUUACGUUCAAAUGAAAUGUAUCGCCACUGGUAAUCCUAAACCAGUACUAACGUGGAAAAAAGAUGCAACAGUAAUUAACGUAUCGGAACCGAGAAGAAGAAUUUUAAGUGAUGGAACGUUAGAAAUUAUCAAUUUAUAUAGUUACGAUAGAGGUAUUUACAUUUGUAUAGCUGAUAACGGGCUCGCACCACCAGUUAAAACAGAAUAUCAAUUGGAAGUAACAGAACCUCAUGAUCGUUCAGCUGCUAUCGUUGGUGAAACAAAUUCAUCUAUAACAGUAGUCAUGAAUUCUCCAAGUGUGUUACAUUGUUAUGCUAUGGGUUGGCCGCGACCUUCUGUUACUUGGUGGCAUGGUGAACGUUUGCUUCCACUUUCCUCAGAGUCUUAUGAACAAGACUCUGAAUAUACCUUAUUAAUCCGUUCAGUCACUAUAACAAAUCUUGGUGUAUAUACUUGUCAAGCAUAUAAUGGUAUUGAACGUCCAGCAUCUUGGUCUAUAACACUUCAAGCAAUUGGUCCAGUUUAUAAUGUAAAACCUGAAUAUGCUGAGUAUACUAAAUAUUUAGUUCAACCACCAAAAAGUCCUAACAUAGAUAGACCGCAAUAUCCUUAUCGGCCUUCAAAACCAAACGAAUUAGAUACUUAUCAUCAAACUUAUGCUCCAAUUUAUUCAGAUAAUAAACCUUAUAUCCCUCCAGUUAUCUCUCUAACUGAAUCUCCUCCACAACCAACUGUAUUUAAAGUACCAGUAUCAGUGAACGUAUCAACACCAAGCAAUGAAGUUCAACAUGGAAGUCAAUUUAGUAUCACUUGCAAAGUUGAUGGUUAUCCAAUUCCACAAGUAUUGUGGUACAAAGACAAUGAUAUCAUCCGUACCGAUGGACGAGUCAGCAUUUCCGAGUCAAACACACUUGUUGUUGAUAAUGCUGGUUCCAAUGAUACUGGUGUAUAUCGAUGUGAAGCUUAUAAUGCAUACUCAAGUAGUUCAGAUUAUCUAAAAAUAUCUGUUCAAGGUUCAUAUAUUAGUGCAGACUGCAUAGACACUAAAUUCUUCGCACGCUGUGAUUUAAUUGUAAUGGGAAAAUAUUGUCAACACCCAUACUACGCAAAGUUCUGUUGUAGAUCAUGUACAGAAGCUGGUCAAUUACCUGGUGGUUAUCACAGUGUUAACAAUGUUGUUAGAAAAAGACGAUCCAUAGGACAUUUCUAGGCAGAUAGUCAAGUAGAUAUAUUUAAAAAAAAAAUUAAAACUUGACGAAUUUAUUCAAACCCAAUUUUAAUAGUUCAUUCAAGACGUAUGAUUAAGAAAGAAAUUUCUUUGAAACGUCUAGAAAAGUAAACUGCAUUCAAAUAAGUCUCGUUCACUGCCAAAGUCUCAGAACGUUUAUACGUAGAUACUCAUUAGAAGCAAAGGAUAAUUUUGAUGAAUAAUUAUGAAAAUUUUUAUAAACACGAUCUGAAACUGAUUAACUAGUCGUUAAGAAACUUCACAUCAGUAUUCUCUCAAGUCAUACAUAAUUAUAUGAGAGAUCAUCAAUACAGUUUUCAUAAUUACAGUUUUCCUCAUAAAUCUUUUUGAUUAAUCGUAACUAAAUAAUAGUGUCCAUGUUCUGUAAGUACUGUUAACGUGUCAUUGGAAUAUUCAAUAUUUUAUUAUAUUCUAUAAUAGCAUAAAAAUAAUAGACAAUAUACAUCGUUCAAUCAGAAUAAUAUCAUAGUUGAAUAUUUUGAAGUUUCUAAAAGUAAUAUUCUUAUAAAAGAUGAGAAAAAAGAAUAUUAUCAGUAAUUCGGAGGUGAAAACAAUUUUUUAUAAAUAUUUAUCGAUCGAUAUGUUUUUAAAUAAAAUGAUUAUUUAUCGUCUUGAUUAUUUACUAAAAAAAUCACUAAUGAGCAUUUCAUAUGAAAUUUUAUCAUAGUAUGUAUAGAGAUUUAUAAGGUAAUA